AUGUCUCAACUUCUCAGCCGAAUCUUGAAGCCACAAAAACGUCAUCCGAGCUCAUCUCUAGGUCUUAAGCUUUCGUGGGACAUAACUAUGGAGUUUUUGAUAUCAGCACCCAAAUUUGCACUCUAUUUUCCACACAAGGAGGCCCAUUACGAUCCAAUAAAUUCCCUUACUGGCCUCAUCCAUUUUCUCUCACUCCUCACUGAAAUA